CAAUAGGAGAACAGCUUUCUAAUAUAGAAUUCAAUUCUCCAUUGGAAAGCUAUUCUUUUAUUGGAUAUCGGUUGUCGUACAUCGGAUAUCAGAUGCGGUGUGAAUCCUGCAUUAUAGUAACAGGAAAAGUUUGGAGGAUCAACGAAAUUCAAUUAGCGUGAAAAUAAUAUUCAAAUUUGUGUAAUGUAUGUUUGCAUUAAUUGUGGGACUGAAUGCAACGAGCUCUUCAGGAGAUACUGUCCUAGUGUUCUUAAAGUUUUAAAAUGCGAAGAAUGCGGCUUAUCAGCUGAUAAAUACAUCGAAUAUGAUCCGGUUAUAGUUUUCGUAGAUCUAAUUCUGAUUGAAAAACCAGCUUACAGACAUCUUCUGUACAACAGCGAUUUUAAAUCGUACUGGAAAUUAAGUAUUAUAUUAUGGCUAGCUGAAUCGUCCAGAGCUUGGUCUUCCUGCGAGACGAACAAGACGGAAUUAACUAUAUCGGAAAUGGACCUGACUCAUAACGACACGUUACAAGAUCGCUGUAAUUUUUAUAAUUUGCUAUUGCACACCGCGUUAGCCUUCACGGGGUUCGUUUGUGCAGUCAUCGUUGUGACUGAAUUAAAAUGGUUUAUUAUUCAUGAAAAACCAUAUAAAUACAGCGUAAGAGAUUUAAGUCGUGCUCUAAUAGCCGGAGGUUGUGGUAAACUGCUCGGUUUAUUGGGAAUUGUGUGGAGGCAUAUUGCUUCUGGUCCGUACUACUUUCUUAUUCAAGGUUACACUGUUUUAUGUCUCUUGACCGCAUAUUCAGUUGUAUGUAAGACUGGAAAGGGAGGAUCUUUGAUUGGGUUAAUCACUGGAUUUCUGUUGUAUGGUUACAUAUGUACUUCCGCCUCUAAAUUGCACAUAGUUAUCCCCAAUAUCACACUAAUAUAAAUGUAUGUCCGACAAAACCAUACUGUUUUUGAUCA